AUGGAGGCGCGGCGGCGGACGUUGCUGGUGGCGCUGGCGGUGCUGGCCCUGGCGGCGGCGGCGGCGGAGGGGUACAACAUCACCAAGAUCCUGGCCGAGUACCCGGAGUACUCGCAGUUCAACAAGCUGCUGACGCAGACGCGGCUGGCGCAGGACAUCAACAAGCGCCGCACCAUCACCGUGCUCGUCGUGGCCAACGGCGACAUGGGCGGCCUCGCCGGCGGGGGCCGCACGCUGCAGACCAUCCGCCACAUGCUCCAGAUUCACGUCCUCGUCGACUACUACGGCGGCAAGAAGCUCCACCAGCUCGCCCACGGCGUCACCGCAUGCUCCACCAUGUUCCAGGAGUCCGGCGCGGCCCCCGGCAUGUCCGGGUACGUGAACAUCACGCAGCACCGGGGCGGCAAAGUGACGUUCACGGCGGAGGACGCGGAGGACAGCGCGCCCUCCUCCGCCUUCGUCAAGUCCGUCAAGGAGAUCCCCUACGACCUGGCGGUGCUCCAGAUCAGCAAGGUGCUGGCCUCACCGGAGGCCGAGGCGCCCGUGGCGGCGCCGGCGCCCGUCAACAUCACCGAGCUGCUCUCCAAGAAGUACUGCAAGAGCUUCGCCGGCCUGCUGGCCGCCGACGCCGACGCCUACAGCACCAUCAACGCCACCAAGGACAACGGGCUCACCCUCUUCUGCCCCGUCGACUCCGCCGUCGCCUCCUUCAUGCCCAAGUACAAGAACCUGACGGCCAAGGGCCGGACGGCCAUCCUGCUCUACCACGCCGUGCCGGACUACUACUCGCUGCAGCUGCUCACCUCCAACAGCGGCAAGGUCAGCACGCUCGCCACCUCCAACGUCGCCAAGAAGGACUACAGCUUCGACGUCGAGAAGGACGGCGAGACCGCCGAGCUGGACACCAAGGUGAACUCGGCCUCGGUCACCUACACCAUCAAGGACGACGACCCGCUCGCCGUCUACGCCAUCUCCAAGUUCCUGCAGCCCAAGGAGCUGUACAAGAUCGCCAAGGACAUCGCCCCCGCGCCGGCGCCCGAGGCCCCCAAGAAGAAGAAGACCACCAAGAAGAAGCCCUCCGCGGCCGCCUCGCCCUCGGACGACGACGACGACGAUGACUCCGCCGCGGACUCGCCCGACGACUCCUCAUCCGACGACGCCACCGCUGACAAGGACGGCGCCGCGCCGUCCGCGGUGGCCGGUGGCUCUGAAGAUGAAAUAAGAUUUUUCUCGUCUAUUUCAGUGGUGCUUCUAACGUCAUCAGAGGGUCUGCGAAAGUUUGUCUUCGGCUAA